AUGGUGCCCGAGCGGCAGUACCAUGGCAAUGGCCGUCCCGCCAUAGCCUCUCGCGAGCGAUCUGUGCCCGGCACACCUUCACGGAAAGAGAAGAUUCGAGAGAGCUCUGCCCUGCAAGACCCAGGUCUCAAGGACUAUGUUCGUAUUCCCCUGUCGCCGAUGUUGCUGCGCUUAGGCGAAUGCCUUGGAAAAGGUGCUUUCGGAUCCGUAUAUAAGGCUUUCAACUGGGGUAACGGCGAGGCGGUCGCUGUAAAACAGAUAAAGCUCGCAGAUCUCCCCAAGAUGAAAUCGAUCUUCUCAAAAACCUUCACGUAUGAAACUGACGAAUCUAGAUACUGUGAAAAUGGUUCUCUGCACUCAAUUUGCAAGUCGUACGGCAAGUUUCCUGAGAAUCUAGUAGGGGUUUACAUGACGCAGGUCCUGCAGGGACUGCAAUACCUCCACGAACAGGGUGUCAUACACAGAGAUAUCAAAGGCGCCAACAUUCUCACCACAAAAGAUGGCACGGUGAAGCUCGCAGAUUUCGGUGUGUCUACCAGUACGCUAGCUGGAGGCCAGGAUAAGGAGGCACAGGUUGUCGGGACACCUUAUUGGAUGGCUCCCGAGAUCAUUCAGCUUUCUGGAGCGAGUUCUGCAUCUGAUAUCUGGAGUGUUGGUUGCACAGUUAUCGAGCUUCUUCAAGGCAAGCCUCCAUACCACAACCUGGCUGCUAUGCCUGCUCUGUUCGCAAUUGUCAACGACGACCACCCCCCACUACCCGAAGGCAUCUCUGCUGCUGCUCGAGAUUUCUUAAUGCAAUGCUUCCAAAAAGACCCUAACCUCCGUGUAUCUGCUCGAAAACUACUUCGUCAUGCUUGGAUCACAGGGUGUCGCCGGACGGAGGCUCCUGUAUCAAGAAAACCGGCCAAUUUCAGUGACGCCGUUGAGGAAGUCAAGCAAUGGAACAAGGCUCUAAAGUCUUCAGAACCCAACCUCAGAGCAUCACUCGGCUCUGAAACCGGACCCUCAACAAGACUACAAGGCGGAACGCCCGCCAAGGGUUCUUUAUCGCUUGCAAAACUUCGAUCUGGCGCUGGAGCUUUCAAUGAUGACAACUGGGACGAUGAUUUUGCAACAUCUAUUUCACCAAGUGCACUGCAUCUACCUCAUAUCAAACCGCAGGACAACUUUGGUGGUCUACUAUCAAGUGAUCGCUUGAAGGCGUUCGCCUCAAUAAACGAUGGAAGGAACGAAAGUAAUACAUACGACGACGACUUUGAAGGAGAGUUGAUGACCAUAAAGGGAUUAGGCCAAUGGCAAGACAGUAGUGAUCUCCAGGAACAGACCAUCAGACCAACACCAAGAAAACCUACAAAAGCACCAGAGCCCGUCAAAGUGCACAGUCGGAACAAAUCAAGUACGAGCAAGGCCGUAGGCGGAGGCCGGACCAAAUCGCCUACGAAAUCCCACCUCAAUAAUAAGUUCGAGUUGCCGUUAAGACCGGAUCUUGCGUAUCGAGAACAGAGUGUAGAUGACUUUUCGGACCUCUUUGUGGACAACGACAAUGUUUUCACUCACAACGUGAAUCAGGCUGUGAGAAGAAACUCACGACAGAGCGAUGCGCCACAGCUGUUUCACCCAUCCGAUCUUACAUCGUUACCAAGGUCAAUGCAAGAAUCCAGUUCGGGUAGCAUUAAGAAGAAACCAUUAUCACGGCCAUCAGUUCUUCCAGAUGCGCCAAUGCGACGGACGCGGUCGGGUAUAGAGAUUCAGAAAUUCGCAGAAGAUGACGACGAAGACUUUAGCGACGUUUUCGGACCUGAAUCAUCAAUAGCGGAGAAAGAAGAGAGCGAGAAGGGAUCUGAAGAUGGUGGCCUGAUGCUCAUGUCCCGCGUAUCGAGCAGUUCUUGGCUAGGUGACGAAGAGGACGAAGACGAUCCGUUUGCAUACAUGGAUCCAGGUUGGGAUGAGAUGGAUUUGGAAGCCAAUAUUGCCCGAGAUCGACACGCCAGGUUAGCAGAGAGGGUAGAGGAUCUAGUGAGGUCCUUGAAAACGACAGAGGGCGAUGAUGCCCUGGCUGAGUUCUCAGAAGAUUUGCUUGCUUUACUUUGGGAAAACAGCGAGGUCAAGAAUCUAAUCAUCAGUGCUCACGGGCUGUUGCCAAUCCUUGAGAUUCUGGAGCCUUGUACUGUCAAGAGUAGACAAUACAUGAUUCUGCAGCUUCUCAAGGUCGUCAAUGCGAUUAUUUUGGAUGAUGUUGAAAUCCAGGAAAAUUUGUGUUUCGUUGGUGGUAUUCCUAUCAUUACCAAGUUCGCUGCAAGACAAUAUUCGGAUGAGAUUCGUCUUGAAGCAGCGGCUUUUGUUCGACAGAUGUACCAAACGUCAACGCUGACACUGCAAAUGUUUGUGUCUGCGGGUGGUUUGAACGUAUUGGUUGAGUUCCUCGAUGAGGACUACGACAACACUCGAGACCUUGUCCUUAUCGGGGUCAACGGUAUCUGGAACGUCUUUGAGCUGCAAGGGCCGACCCCAAAGAACGACUUUUGCAGAAUCUUUUCACGAAGCAAGAUUCUAUACCCUCUAGCACUCGUCUUACACCGAGUCGUCGAUGAUGAUGACGAAGACGAGCUUGGCGAGCUUGUUGAAGGUCGAAUCGUCAACAUUUUCUAUCUCUUCAGCCAGGCAGAAAACUACGUCAAAGAGGUCGUAGCAGAUCGGCAAGUGUUGAAGAGUGUAUUGAGAGACCUGCGUCUCAUGACACCGAUCCACCAGAUCACGAUGCUGAAGUUCAUCAAGAAUCUUUCUAUGCUCUCAACGACGAUCGAGUCGCUGCACUCAGCUGAUGCCAUCGAGUCCCUGAUCAAUCUUCUUGGUUACAGUAUGAGGAAGGGCCAGACGCACUUCCGCGAAAUCUCUAACCAGGUCCUUAAUACCUUGUUUAACCUCUGCCGUCUCAGCAAAGAACGACAAGAGGACGCCGCCGUCCAUGGCAUUAUCCCUAUACUCCUUAAAAUUAUGCAGACCGACCGCCCACCAAAGGAAUUUGCUCUCCCUAUCCUCUGUGACAUGGCGCACUCUGGAUCCAAGGGUCGCAGAUUCUUGUGGCAGAACAAAGGUCUCAACUUUUACGUAUCAUUACUUACAGAUCAGUACUGGCAGGUUACUGCGCUCGAUGCCAUCUUAGUCUGGCUUCAGGAGGAAACCGCCAAUGUGGAGUCUCAUUUAGCGGAUGGUGGCUUUACACGCGCCAUCAACAGCUGCUUCAAUACCAACAGAGUCAAUGCCUUUGAUUCCAAUCUACUAGAACCACUGCUGAAGCUACUACGCCUCAGUCCUUCAGUUGCAGCGUCGCUGGCGAAGCCCGAAAUGUUUGCCGGUAUCGCACAGCGGUUGGGUCACAAGAAGGCAGUCGUCCGACUCAACCUCCUGAGGCUGGUGAGAACUAUUAUGGAUGCCUGUGAGCCUGGGCUGGGUAAUGGUGAUGGAACAAGGUCUCUCAACAGCUCUCAAGUGCGGUCCCUCAUGGCUACUAUCCAGAUUUUGGCAGAGAAGGACACGGCUGUUCUUGUACGAAACCUCGCAUCGGAACUGGUGCGGUCGAAUAUCGAUACCACAGUGAGACCAAGUGAGGGUGCUGCAACCGCGGUGCCAAGUUCAUCAAGACAGAGAGGGUCCCGUCGGAACAACAGCUACACACCUCCCAGUUUGCAGACGUCUGUGUCGGCAGGCCCACAAACGCCUACUCACAGGACUCGGCCCAGUCUCGCAAACAAUGCCUAUGUCGAGGUAGCAGCCAGUCCGCGCCGAUCGGCUGCUGUUGAACGAGAACGGGAAGGGAUGAUUUACCGACCAAGGAGUAAGGAUGGACCAACCGGUAUCCCCCGACGUAUCAGCGGCGAGUUCGCUCCUGUCAAGAGCCGUCUUCCUCGCACAUCGCUGGUCACCUCGAGCAGUUCCAGGGCAGGCGUGGGGAUCAGCGCCAACGGCAACAGUCCUGCUCUCAGCUCGCGCCAUGACAUCACCAUGGCUCGUAGCGACAGCAGUCUGAGCAAUAAGGAGAACGUGGGCCGCGCACCAGGCAGCCGAGACGGGAUCGGCAGUAGAGAUAGCAGUAGCAGUUUGGCGUCGCCUGGCUUGUCGGGGGUACCAGAACGAGCGGGCAUAAUAAGCAAGAGACGGAGUCGGAUGCCUACAGAACCUAAAUGGCCUUGA